AUGCCGCGAAAUAUCAUGGACAUUUAUGUACCGCCCAGUGAGCCUGCUGGUUCUGACAACAGUGAGCCAUUAGGCAAUGAUGAUGAAGUUCUGAGCAGCAGUUCGGGACGACCUGUUGCCGUCUUCUGCCACGGAGGAGUGUGGGCAUCAGGUGCAAAGUGGCAUUAUGCCCCCAUGGCAACGAGACUUGCCCAGCAAGGAAUUCUCACAUGCGUCGUGGAGUACAGUUUGUUCCCAGAGGUCAGGGCUCCAAAGAUGGUGGCUGAGUUGUCCUCCGCCCUUAGCUGGACCCUGGACAACAUCUCGCAGUAUGGCGGCAGCCCGGCCAAGGUGACUGCCUUGGGCCACUCAGCAGGGGCGCAGCUCUGGGCGAUGGUGCUUCUUCACAGAGCCAUGACAGCGAGUGAACAGCGCCUGCGUAAAGAAAGCAGGACGGAAAUCGAUCAGGGAGCUGCCACCGUUGACUGCCGCAUGCCUGCACAAUUUAUUGGCAUGGCGGGUGUGUAUGACAUCGGGAAGCACUACCAGUACGAGGCGGCGCGAGGCGUUCACUUUCUGUCGACAAUGGCCCGCGCAAUUGGCGGCGCCGCGCGCUUCGCUUCACAAUCACCGGCCGCCAUUCUGGCGAGGGCAGCUGCGCGCAGCUCCGGCCCGAAGGAGUCAGAACCUGCUGCCCAGUGA